CGCUGAGCACUCAUCAUCACUUAUAUAUGAUGCAAAAUGCAUCGUACCAAAAUAGGAAGCCAUUUCUGCAUCCGAAAAUCGAAAACCACACGGCUCCAACAGAGUAGAAAACCUUCGCUACCGUUGUUGCAGGAUGACGAUCUCUUCAGCUGACGGAACUUCUCUGCUGCAACUUGCUCCACUUGAAGCGGUAUUAUUUGAUGUUGAUGGCACAUUGUGUGAUACAGACCCCCUUCAUUAUGAUGCCUUUCGUGAGAUGCUUCUAGAGAUUGGAUUCAAUGGCGGUGUUCCAAUUGACGAGGAAUAUUUUAUAGCAAAUAUUGCUGGGAAACACAAUGAAGACAUUGCUUCGAUCCUUUUUCCAGAUAAUCAUGAGAGGGGUGUGAAAUUUUUAGAAGACAAGGAAGCAAUGUUCAGAAGGAUGGUUAAGGAUAAAAUACAGCCGGUUAAAGGCUUAUAUAAACUCAAGAAGUGGAUUGAAGAUCAUGGAUUGAAGCGAGCUGCUGUUACCAACGCUCCCAAAGAAAAUGCAGAGUUGAUGAUCUCAUUGCUUGGACUGUCAGAUUUCUUCGAAGUUGUUAUUCUCGGUAGUGACUGUGAACAUGCAAAACCAUACCCGGAUCCCUAUUUGAAGGCACUUGAAAUUCUCAAGGUGUCAAAGGAGCACACCUGUAUAUUCGAGGAUUCAGUAUCUGGAAUAAAAGCCGGGGUUGCGGCUGGGGUAAAAACUUUUGGCUUGACGACUAGGAACCCAGCAGAAUUACUGAUGCAAGCAAAGCCAUCUCUUCUCAUCAAAGACUACGAAGACUCGAAGCUUUGGAGUGUACUCGACGAGCUCGAUAAAAAGGCCAAGGCAUAGACAAGUGGAGAUUAAUGGAUGACGAUUGACAAUAAAAAAGGAUUUGAUUCCCAGAAAAUGUAGACCAUAUGGAGCUCCUCUGGAGCAUUGUUCAUGUAAUAAUGGAACAUAUAACUCAUGAAACCUUUUCGAAGGUUCGAUUAUUAUCAUACAUAUUUUUAGAUUGGUGGUUAUUAAA